AUGGCUUUGGAAGCACCCUCAGGCGUCCGUCGUCCAGGAGUUGCCCACGAUUGCUUCGUGCACGCAGAGAUACAACAGGUUUUCUAUUUGGAACAUCAGCCACACACGCCGGCGCCGCGAGCAAUUGGAUGCAGCAAAUCCGCCUGCUACUUGUGCGAUCUGUUCAUUCGAACACAUGGCGGUUAUGUGGUGUCUCAUUCGCAUGGCCGGCUUUACGAGAAGUGGACUCUGCCCGAUGUUGAAUGGAUGACCGCCACGCAGGCGACAGGUUUCAGUCCAUGGUCCAAAGCUGUCACGUAA